AUGAGAGGGCUCGAUAGACAAGCAAUGCAAAAGGAAGUUAUGGCUUGGUUGAGUAGUUCCUCUAUUUUUUUAUGUGGUUUGGUAGAGACCAGAGUUUUAAUUACAAAGUUCAAGAGUAUUACAGAUAGGAUAAGGAAUAACUGGGAUUGGACUAACAACUAUAAUGCUGAUAGUGGUGGCCGUAUAUGGUGUGGUUGGGAUCCCAUGAAGAUUGAGGUUACAGUAAUUAUAUCUAAGGAUCAAAUGAUUCUGUUACAGGUGGUGAUUCGAGGAACUGUUACAAAGUACAAUAAUGAAAAGAAGGGAGGUAGAAGACAUCCACCCAGAGUUUUUGCUGAUUUUAAUAAUACAAUUGAUAAAUUGUACUUAACUGAUAUGCCCACAGCUAAUGGUGUUUUUACCUGGUGUAACAAGAGAUACAUCAAUAGAAGGAUUUAUGCUAAAUUAGACAGAGGUUUAAUGAAUGAAGAUUGGGCUCUUACUUAUCCAGAUUCGCACGUAUUAUUAACACCUCCUUUGACCUCAGAUCAUUGGGGAUUAUGUGUUAAAGUGCCUGUGAACAUUGCCUCAGGUCCUAAACCUUUUAGGUUUUUGUUGAUUUGGAAUAAGCAACCUGCUGUCAAGGACUUGGUAGCUACUUCUUGGGGUAAACAAUUUAAGGGUGACCCAAUUGCAAAAUUAAUGUUCAAGUUAAAGCUUUGCAAACAAGCUGUGAAACAGUGGAACACAGAGAAAUUUGGAUCAGUUUAUGUUGAAGUGAUAUCAUGCAGGAAGAAGUUAGCUGAGAUUCAAGGUGUUUUAGCUGAUGACCCAAUGAAUGAGGAUGUUAUACACAAAGAGGAUGAAUGUAGAUUAAAUUUGGAAUUGGCAAUUUCAAAUGAAAAUAUUAUUCUCUCUCAGAAAUCAAGGAUUAGAUGGGUGAAAGAUCAAGAUAGAUGUACUAAGUUCUUUUUUCAAAAAAUUAAGCAGCAUAAGGCAAAUAGUAAUAUGACAACAUUACAAGAGGGAGGAACUACUAUUACUGAUCCUAAUGUUAUUAGCCAGAGGUUUGUUGAGUAUUUUCAGAGAGCUUAUGCAGGGGGUGUAUAG